AUGGCAACAAUGAAAGCUGUUGUCAUUCGCAAGGCUGGCGGGCCCGAGGUGCUCAAAAUAGAGACCCUUCCCAUCCCCUCACCAAACCAUGAUGAGGUCCUCAUCAAAGUCAAAGCCUUUGGCCUCAACCGGUCGGAAUUAUUCACCCGGCAAGGUCACAGUCCCGGGGUCAAAUUUCCACGCGUCUUGGGCAUCGAGGCUGUCGGAGUCGUUGAGAAGUGUCCCGGCGGCCGAUUGAACAUUGGUGAUAAGGUUGCAACCUGUAUGGGAGGUAUGGGCCGAGAUUUUGACGGCGGGUAUGCUGAAUACACAUGUGUCAAGGCCGACAACGUUCAACUCAUCAAUCACGACCUUGAUUGGUCAACUCUAGGUGCACUUCCUGAGAUGCUGCAAACUGCCUGGGGAUCCUUGUUCACUGGUCUGAAACUAAAAGCGUCUGACCGCGUACUGAUCCGUGGUGGUACAUCAUCCGUCGGCCUGGUCGCCGCCGCGGUCGCUAAAAAUCAUGGUUGUUAUGUGGCUGCAACUACUCGCAAUACGGGCAAGGAAAGCGCCCAAGUAUUGCAGAAGAAUGGCGUCGACCAGAUUCUUAUUGACGAUGGUAACUUGGCGACACAGGUCCAGAGUAACAAGUUUGAUAAGGUCCUGGAACUAAUAGGAACGACGACGCUGAAGGACUCAUUGCUGUGUGCGGCUGCAGAUGGAAUAGUCUGCAUGACGGGGAUCCUCGGGAACAAAUGGCAUCUUGAAGAUUUCAGCCCGAUGGAAGCAAUUCCGGGCCGUGUUUACUUGACAAGAUACGGCGGUGGGCCAAAGGAGUUCCAAGAAAUGCCAUUCGACGACCUGCUGAAACAGGUAGCGGCUGGAACCCUACAUGUAGAAGUCGGAAGGGUGUUCCCGAUCGAUGAGAUCAUGAGGGCUCAUGAGACGAUGGACCAAAAUCUGGCACGUGGCAAGAUUGUUGUCAUGACAUGA